AUGCAUAUCCAGUCAAUUCCUAUGUGGACGGGGAAGGGCAACAACUACGCCUACCUCGUCACCGAUGAGCCGACUAAGAACUCGGUCAUCAUUGACCCUGCCAACCCGCCGGAAGUUGCUCCCGAGUUGAAGUCUCAGAUCAGUGCUGGAAAGAUUGACUUGACGGCAAUUGUCAACACUCACCACCACUGGGACCACGCUGGAGGUAACGAUGAGAUGUUGAAGCAAUUUGGUAAGCUUCCCGUCAUUGGAGGCAAGGAAAGCCAGUCUGUCACCAGGACCCCGGCACACGGCGAAGAGUUCAAGAUUGGAGACCGUAUCUCCGUCAAGGCUUUACAUACCCCAUGCCACACUCAAGAUAGCAUCUGCUAUUAUAUGCAAGAUGGUGACCAACGCGUGGUGUUCACUGGUGAUACUUUGUUCAUUGGAGGUUGCGGCCGUUUCUUCGAGGGCGAUGCCGCGGAGAUGCACAAGGCAUUGAACGAGACGCUGGCAUCCUUGCCAGAUGAUACCAAGGUCUACCCCGGCCACGAGUACACCAAGGCAAACGUGAAGUUCUGCAUGCAUGUGUCCCAGACGGAGCCCAUCAAGAAGCUGCAGGCUUUCGCGGAAGCCAACAAGGAGACGCAGGGCAAGUUCACCAUUGGUGAUGAGAAGCUUCACAAUGUGUUCAUGCGUGUUCAUGACCCCGAGGUCCAGAAAGUGGCUGGAAAGACCGACCCGGUGGAUGUCAUGGAUGCUCUACGAACCAUGAAAAACAACAUGUAG